AUGGAAGGAGAAUCAGGGAUGACAAUUGAUUUAACACUUUUAGGGACAGGAACAAGUGGUGGCAUACCAUUUGUUAACUGUGAUUGCCCAACCUGUACGUCAACAGAUCCAAGAGAUAAACGUUAUAGGACUUGUGGAAUUCUUAAAAUAUCUAAUGGUAAGAAUGUACUUAUUGAUUGUGGAACAGAUAUCAGAAAAUGUCUCCUUCGAGAAGGAAUUACUCAUAUUGAAGGAAUUAUUAUCAGUCAUUGUCAUGCAGAUCAUGUACAUGGACUUCCAGAUUUAGUAAAGUUCUAUAAUGGGCAUCCUAUACCAAUAUAUUGCAACGAUGUUUGUGGCAAACAGCUUAAAGGUAAAUAUUCAACAUUGGUCGAAGGAGAUGAUCGAAAAUUCGAUGUUAAUAUAACUACAAGUCCAUUCAAACUAUGUGAUGUGACAUUUACUCCUGUUCCAAUUAUGCAUGGAAAGCUUCCUAUAUUUGGCUACAGAUUUGGCAACGCUACUUACAUAACAGACUGCAAGACUAUACCAAAUGAUUCAUAUAAAAUCAUUGAUGGAAGCGAAAUACUUGUAAUUAAUACACUUGCCAACACAGAUCACGAAACACACUUAAGCUAUGAACAAUCACUAGCUGAAAUCCGAAAGAUUAAGCCAAAAGUAGCAUAUUUAGUCCAUAUGACUCAUACACAUAAUCAUGAAUUUAUUCAAAAUUAUUUUGAUACAAAUAAGCAAGAAUUUCCUGAAACCAAAAACAUUGAAAUCAUAGAAGCAGUCGAUGGCAUUCAUACAAAGCCUAUCCAUGUUUAA